UUAAAGAAUUAGUAAAAGGGAUUGAGUGCCCAAAACAUCUGCCUGAAAAUGAUAAAACAGGCACUGUUCUCAUAAUUGAUGGCAUGGCAUUUGUCUUAUCUUUGGGCCGUCCAAAUCAAAUUGAAACCUUUGGUGAAUAUGCUGCCUACUUCAUCAAAAAAAUAUUAUAUUAUGGAUACAAAUAUAAAGAAGUUCACAUAGUCUUUGAUAGAUACCGUGCACAAUCAGUUAAAGGUGGAACCAGAUAAAAAAGAUCAAAAGGUUGUGCUCCUGUGCGCAGAAAUAUUACAGACUGUAACGUACCGUUGCCAAAGGACUGGAGUAACUUCUUGUUUUUAUCCGAAAACAAGGCUGACUUAUGCAGAUUUUUGUCCGAGAGAAUUCUGAAGCAUAACUUUAACGAUCUUGAAGUAGUUACCUCCGGGGGCUUUACUGAGGAAGAACGUGUCCAAUCUACAAAUGCGAGUCGAAAUGUUGACUACCUGAAAUCAUCACACGAAGAAGCUGACACGCGCAUGGUUCUUCAUGCCGUUCACAGCACUGCUGAUGAAAUUGUUGUGAUGACGAAAGAUACAGACGUUGUGCUUCUUCUUAUCUACCACUUUGCUAAAAUGAAGUGCUCGCAUUUGUGGGUAAUUAGUAGUACUGCACGUGAUAUUAAGUACAUUCCUGUACAUGAUAUAUGCAGGAAGCUUAUGCCGAAGCAAGUUUCACAUCUUCUUGCUUUCCACGCAAUAACGGGCUGCGAUUCGACGUCAAAGUUGGCGUCUAUUACAAAAGUUGGUGCAUGGAAGGCUUUUUGUGGGACAAAUUGCGAGCUUCUGGGACGCCUUGGACAGUGGCCACUGGAGGAGGACGUCCUUAAAAACAUCGAGAAGUUUGUCGUCAAACUGUAUAAGGUGGAUCCCAGCAUAACAAGCUCAAACGAUGCCCGGAGUUUUUUGUUUGGAGCUGUCAAAAAGGCAGAAUUCCUCCCUCCAACAACCGAUGCACUUCGUCUGCAUAUCAAAAGAUGCAACUAUCAGGUGUGUGUUUGGGAAAACGCCCAUAUCCCCAAACCGUCACUCCCUAGGCUACAGGACUGUGGCUGGAUUGUGCAGAGGGAACAAGUUGUCCCUCUUUUAAUGACUCUGGAUCCCAUUCCAAAGAAGUGCGAGGAAAUAAUAGUUUGUCAUUGUAAAGGACAUUGCAAUACAAAAAAUUGCAGUUGCCGAAGGGCGAAUGUGUCUUGCCUCAAACUGUGCACUCCUUGUAAACGUUCUUGCAUAAACUCUGGAGACACACAAUAAAUAUUUCUUAAGUCUUUUUUUUUUAAACAAAUAAAAACAGUUUUUUUUACACAAAUAAUUAUUUUUUUAAAUGUUAACAUUAGUCUUAGUAUACUUGCACAGUUUGCUAAAAGCCAAAAAGUGCAAUUUUAACCGCUUAUGAUGUACUUUUAAGAAAAUAU